AUCAGCUCCGAUCCAAUUUUGUCAAAAGUUGCACCAGGUUUAGGGUUUUCCUUCGCCAGAGAGAGGAGCCAACUUUAGUCAUGGCGUCGAAAACAGAAUCCGUACAAUGCUUCGGGCGGAAGAAAACUGCCGUCGCAGUUACCCACUGCAAGCGUGGCCGUGGAUUGAUCAAGAUCAACGGUGUCCCCAUCGAGUUGGUCCAACCGGAAAUUCUGCGCUACAAGGCAUUUGAACCCAUUCUCCUCCUCGGUCGCCACCGGUUUGCCGGAGUGGAUAUGCGCAUACGUGUCAAGGGUGGUGGUCACACCUCCCAAAUAUACGCUAUCCGUCAGUCCAUUGCCAAAGCCCUCGUCGCUUUCUACCAGAAGUAUGUGGAUGAGCAGUCCAAGAAGGAGAUCAAGGACAUCCUCGUCAGGUACGAUAGGACCCUGCUUGUGGCAGAUCCCAGACGCUGUGAGCCCAAGAAGUUUGGUGGUCGUGGUGCUCGUGCAAGGUUUCAGAAAUCCUACCGUUGAAACACUGGUAGUGGUGUUGCUUUUAUUAUAAUUGUUAUCUCAAACAUGGUUAUUCAUCGGCUGUAGUUUGUUAUGGGAUUAAAUUAAGUUUUUGGAACUAUCCGUUAUGUUUGGAUCAUUUGCUAUCUAUUUCCGUUUGCAAUAGACUCUUACCCCCAUCAAUCAAUACAUGUCAAUUUCUAAUUGCAA